AUGUCUCGCUCUCCAAAAUUAGAGUCGCUGUGGCUGGACGAGCCUUCCACGAGGAAGAAGGACAAGGUCCUUCGCGUCCUUCAAACCAAGAGCGCACAAAUCCUCCAUUACUUUGACCUUGAGCCUGACUUUGCAAAGGGCCGCAAAAAAUCUCCUUUGAUGAUCAGCACGCCGUUUGGUUUCAACCACAUGUCUCAUCUCAGUGAGAAAGACGCGUUUGGUCUGGACAAGGCGUUCAAGGAGGCAGACUUAAGCUUGCUGCCAAAAGUGCUGAAAACAGCUCCAGAACGGUCUCCACCGUGUCUGGCCGUGUCGUCCUUCAGAACCUCGCCAAACACGGUCGGCAACAUAGAACCAGAAUCGCGUCCAUCAUCCAGACACUUUAGAGUGAACUCCACGUCCUCUACCUCACAGCUUCUGAGCAGAGCCAACUCCACGUUCACUCGCUCCACCUCGAUAUCCACCCUCAGCUCACUGGCGCCCUCUAUCCAGGAAAGCCCAAUGAGAAUGCUUAAACACAACGACAGACUGCCAUCUAUUCCUCAGGAACAGUCAGAGACUGAUUUCUACAGAUCCUCAGAAUACUCCGAGAACUCUCAAUUUUCUACGAGAAGCAACAGAGAGUCUCGAGACAGUUCUGAUCAGGAAGACGUCCAUCUCCAGAAAUUCGAGUUCCCGCAAUUUUUGCAAACACCAACAGACAGAACCCCUACUGAUCCUCCACACAUCCGCAAAGUGCCUUCCAUAGGCUCCCCUGUCGACUCGCGCGACUCGGCGUUCACUUUCGAGCUAUUAUCGACGCCGGAAUACGUCAGAAACAGCCGUGUGCCAGGGAACAGAAAGCCUACUGGUGAGUACGUUCUUUCGUGUGAUUUUUCGGAGGAUGAGAAUGACGAUAACGAGCACAACUCGGAGUCGGAGGACACGCUUAUUGCGUUGAACGCAGCCAACAUCAGCAGGCUGUCAAGACUGAGUAUGGCCACAGAGCUGGAUUUCUCGGCCCCACACUCAAAGACGUUUAGUAAACUCCGUCUGCCAGAAAUUGCUGACGAGGAUGUAUAA